CAAACUCAUAAAAAGAUGUUUUUGCAGUUGGCAAGGCCACCAAACAAAAGACCCCCGGAGCAUCUCAUUUUGGAACGAAGAAAGAAAGAAGACAUGUUGGCAGAAUAUCAGAAGAAUACACAGUAUAUAGGACUGAAUGACUUAAAGAAUGAAUGGGAGAGAUGGACUGACAGAAAAUACAAAAUAAACACUUGCAAAAGGAAAGUUGAAAAUAUGAUGCAAACAAAUCAGUUCACAAUAGAAGACCGAAGAGAAAGGUUACGAGAACUGCUGAGACAAGAAGAGGCACAGUAUUUGCAAGAAAUGGAAGAAAAGGAGGAGACAACUCUUGAGCGACAAGCUAAGAUGAGGGACAGGGCUCGUGCCCUGAAGGAGAAGAGGGAACAAGAGAGACUGAUGUUUGUUCAGGACAAAUAUGAUCAACAGUUCAGAAACCAAUGUGAGGAACUGAGGUCCACACUGUCAAAGAGACAACAGGAUGAGGUGUGUGUGGAACGUCUGGAGCAGAUCCGCAUCAAGGAAGAAAUAGAGCAGGAACGUAAGCAAGAAGAGCAAAUGUAUGCUCGACUUUGGGAGGAAGACAUGCUUGCCAAGGCAGCGAGAGAAGAACGUGAUGCCAAGGCGGCUCAUGAACGUAAUGCUGAGGUCCUGGCGGUACUCAGAAAACAGAUGGCAGCUCUUGAAAUCAUGAAAGAUGAAGAACAAAGACUGAAAGAAGAAGAAGCUGUACUUCUGAGGGAACAGAAUGCACUCAGGGCUGCAGAAGAACAGCGUAAGCAUGAAGAGAAGAUAAGAAGCCAAAGACAGACCAGACAAAUGCUUGAUAUGUCACUACAGUUAAAGAUGAAGAAGAAGGCAAAGGAAGAGCAAGAAGAACUGGCAUUUGAUCUGAAGAUGCUGGAACAGUUACUGGAGGAGUCGAGAAAUGAGGCAAUGGAACAGAUGCAGAGAAAGAAAGAGUUACGUGAGGAAGAUAGGAGAUACAGGGAACAUUUGAAGCAGAUAUACGAAGAGGAGCGCAUACGUGAGCGCGAACUUGAACAGCUCAUACAACAGGAAGUGGAGCGUAUGUGGCAGAAACGUCUUGCUCAGUGGCGAUUAGAGCGUGAAGCACGUAAGAAGCUGAUGCAAGAUGUACUGGCAGUUCGUGCAGAGCAAGUACGAGACAGAUUGUCUGCAAACAUGGUGCGCCAGCAGGAAGCCGAGCAGGAACGGCAAGAUCUGCAGAGAACAAUUGAAGAAAAUCGUCAACACGAGGAGGAUCUGGCCAGGAAAAACAAGGAAAAACACAUGACCUACCAAAAUGACCUUCUUGGACAGAUUGAACAUAAUCAGAAUUUGAGGCGCGCCCAGUUUGAACGUGACGAGGAUGAGUACAUGAUGGGUAUGCAGGCUGAACGGGAAUACCAGUCUCGUCUGAAGUCUUGUUUGGAUAACCCCGAGUAUGAAAAAAUACAUCCAAUGCGACGUGCAAUGGCACAAAGAAAUGCUUGAGGAUUGUUAUUUAAGUAGUUGAACUGUAAGGAGGUUUUAUGUUAAUCAUGCUUGCUGUAACUCAAAAUCAUGAUGGAUUUUAAAAUUUUUGCAAGCAUUCUUUGGACAUAGUAUUAUAAUGUUUUAAGAGAAAAAAUAAUUAAAAAUCACAAUCUGUGAUUCGUUAGUUUUAAGUGUUUACAAAGUAAUGCCUCUGUACCUAAAGAAAAACUUGGCCAAAAACAGUUUGCCAGAAUUGUUGGCCAUGUAAAAAAGUGAACAUUGGUAAAGAGUUUUAUGGUAUUGAGAAGAGCUGUGAUAUUUUUAUAAACUUUGUAUGGUAUAGUUUUUGGACACAUGUUGAUUCAGAGUAUGGUAAAAUGAAGAUUAAUUUUAAGCCUUAUCAACAUAUUGUCAUUAGUUUGGUAUUUGCUGUCCGAUAUUUACUUUUCAUGAUGAAAAAAACAUAAAGCACUGUCGACCUGCUUUAUUAUAUAAUGAGAAGAGAGCUUUUUAACUUUUAAAAAUGCCUAUUUGUACUUUGCUAACUAGAAAACAAUACUCUGCUCCACAUUUUACAAUUUAUUUUGUUCUGCAGUAGAAAUAACUCUGUUUUAGAUGGGAGCACCUUAAAUGUGAUACAUUUAUAUCGUGUAUAAAUCCCUUCGUUUUAGUAUAAAUUUCUGAGAAACAGGAUUCCGGUUUUCUUGGAAUUAAAUUGCAUUUGUUGUGUUUAAUAAUAAAAUUUUGUUGCUAGAUACAUAUAUCUUUUUAAAUUUAAAAGUUAAGUCUUUAUUUUGUGCUAUUUAGUUUAUAUAUACUUUAUGUGAUACUUUAAAGUUUAAAUUAAUUACAAGACAGUUUUCCCCAUUUUUUCAUGAUCCGUUUUAAGUCCAUUAUUGUUACUGUGCAAGAGGUAGCUCAAUGCCCUCGUAAAGCUGUUACAGUAUAGGAUUCAGUUUCCAGUCAGUGUAAUGAAAACAUUUGUCUAAAAUGUGCAUUUUUGUUUACUUUAAAGAAAUUCAAGUAAGUUUUACCUGCUGCAUUGUGUAGCGACUAUAUUGGUCUUUACUGACUUUGCGUUUUAGUGUCUUAAGAAGUAAUGCUUUUUAGGUAGUUUGAUAAAAAAAAAACUGUUACAAUUUAUUUAAUUUUUAGUUAGUUGACAAAAUCAUGAUUAAACAAAAUAUUUUUAUGAUCUGUUCAGGGCAUUGUAUUCGAGGUUACAACUAGUUAAGAGUUACUAUAUACAUGAUACUGUUUCCACAGGCAGAUAUUGUGCUGAUACACAGAAGCUGUAUUAGAAGUAUUAUCAAGAAAAGUCUGAUUACUAUGAGAAUGUACAUUCUCCCCAGUAUUUCACCAGGUUGGUUAUGUACCAAAGCAACUUCUGGUGUAAAUUUUGUCAUUUCUGUGUUGUGUGCUUUUGAUUAUUAUUCCUAGUUGAAAUUAACAUGGAAGUCCAAUGAAGACAAAUGAUUUACCGGUAUGUUCUUCAAAGUAUGUGUUGUCACAUUCCUAAGGCCAUUCCACUUUUCCGAAUGAACAUAAAAAACAGUUUUAUACAAUCUACCAAAGUAAAUGACUUCUUAGUGUUUCAGCAACACAUUCAACUUUUAAAAUGUUUAUGUUUUUUUAUUUGUUUAUACAUGUAUUAAUAAAAAUGUUAUGAUUAAAAAUUAUUCACAUAUA